GUCUGAAUCUAUGCUGUGAUUUAUUUAGGUUAUUUGAAGCGCGGGUACAAAUAAAAUUAAUUCUAAUUUCACACAAUAUUGUAUAAUCUUCUAAAAUGAGAUUUAUCAUAAAAAACUCAAGCACUGGCUGUGAACGUGUAGGGAUCUUAACAGAGUUCUUCAAAAAGACAUCGGCUGUAAUAGAAACACCAACGGCGGUCUUACUUACACAGGGUGGCAGUGUGGUACAUCUGACAGCUGAAGUGUUAUCCAAAGUGUUUCCUAAACCACAUCUUUUGUGGGUGCCUUUAUCUAAUUCAAUACAUUUAGAGCACGGCCUGAAAGCUCAAGGUGAAGGUUUAGCUAAGUUUGCAGGCUUACAGGACCAUUUCACAUGUGUUACUUUACAAAAUAUGAACGAAAUAACACCAUCGGGUCAUUUUGAAAAUGACAAGGUACCAUUGUGGACGAAGCAUGGAAAGAAAAUGUUAACAGCUGACAGAUAUAUGGAUCUAAUGGAAGUGUUCAAACCAGACAUAAUUUUGGCGAUUGCAGAUGGUCGUACAUCACUCGUUGAGGGCUCCAAAAGAAUAUUAAAAUCGAUUGAAAGAACUGGAAAUAUGUUGCAUGUGUGUGUGAAGAGAUAUAAAGAAUCGAAGGAGCUGCAGAACAGUUGUCUCAUAGGUGUGGUAGUUGGCACUGGAAUACCAAAGAAAUGUGAUAUAAGCAUAGAAAAUGUUCUGAACUAUAAAGAUGUUCUUGGCGGAGUGGCCCUUUCAGGUCUUACAGAUGGAAGUGAAGAAUUUUCAAUGGAUCAAUUGCAACCAUUAGCUGAAAUAUUCCAAAGGAUUGGGGAUGCUAUACCAAAAGAAUUGUUGCAUAUUGUUGAGGGAUGUUGGAAUCCCGCUGUCAUAUUAACCGCUGUAGAAUGUGGUUGGGAUUUAUUUGACAAUUCGUAUGCAGUUAAACUGGCUAACUUAGGCCAUGCUUUGACACUUAACUUUGAUGUGACCAAAGAUAAUGUUAAUCCUUAUUUACUUGAUCUUAAUGAUGAAUGUUACAAAGAUGAGUUUGUCCCGAUAUUAUGUGGCUGUGAAUGUUUAUCAUGUAAGAAGCACACUCGCGCGUACGUCCGCCAUCUUCUAAACACGAGGGAAAUGCUGGCCUCUGUGUUGCUCACUAUACAUAAUUUGCAUCACUUCGAUCAGAUGUUCUACCACGCACGUCGACAUAUUAACUCCAAUACAUUUGUUGUUUACAAAAAGCAUAUUAUUAAACAAUAUGAAUUAUAUGAGAAAUUACAAGUGAAAUCUGAUUCUAUUGAAACGGUGAACCAAAAUCCUCAUGUGAAGAAAUCCAGAAUGAAUGAAGUAAGCGAUUAUACAAAUAGUAAUAGUACCUAACACUUAUAUGUACUGUAUAUUUUUUAUGUAUACUUUGACAGUACAAAAUAAAUUUGUAUC